CGCUGCUGAGGGGCCCGGUCCGGUCAGGGGUCCUGGUCCCCGGCAGGUCGUGGUCGUGGUCGUGGGUCCCCCCAGGGCCAAACCGCAGGUUUCGCAACGCCGUCUCCGGGGGCGUGUCGCUCCACGGUCACCCGGCGCGGGUCACGUGCUGCGUGGGGUUGGAUAACAGGGGCUUUCACGUGUCUCCGUGGCAGCGCUCGCUCCUCCAUCCGCCCGUCUGCAGCGGGAUAAACCCACCCGGAACCCGACCUCCGGCCACGCACGCUCCCGCACCGUGGUCCACGCUGAUCCUGUCUGCCCACGCUGCCAGCAUGUCGCGCAGAAAAGUUCCCGACACCCCGGUGGAGGUGAUGGUGGACCUGUUGACCAAAGCCAAGGACUUGGCGGCAGCAUGCAGCACCGUCCCAGAGGAGCUGAAGACUCACCUGCAGAGGGCUCUGGACAUCGCCAGCGGACUAGACGACUAUUUGGAGGAAAUGGCCACACCGGAGAGCGAACCUCUGGCGGAGCUCUAUGAGAAGACGGUGUCUCAUGACUGGGAUCAAGUGUACAAAGAGGGCAAGACGAUGUUCCGACUUCCCAAGGAGUGCAUCACCGGACAUGUAGAGGGCCAGACUCUCAAGAUGUUGAUCCACAUGAGUCAAGCCAAGAGGGUCCUGGAGGUCGGGAUGUUCACCGGUUACGGGGCUCUGUCCAUGGCCGAGGGGCUUCCCGAGGACGGCUGCCUCGUCGCCUGUGAAUUAGAGCCGUAUCUGAAAGAAUUUGCUCAGCCCAUUUUUGACAAGUCUCCACACGGGAAGAAGAUAACUGUGAAGACAGGAUCUGCCAUGGACACCCUAAAGGAGUUGGCUGCUGCGGGAGAGCAGUUUGACAUGGUCUUUAUCGACGCUGACAAGAAUAACUACAUCAACUACUACAACUUCAUCAUGGACAACAAUCUGCUGCGGUUACGGGGGGUCAUAUGUGUGGAUAACUCACUGUUCAAGGCAAGGGUUUACCUCAAAGACAGCACGGACAGCAAUGGGCUGGCGCUCCGGGAGUUCAACCAGUUUGUCUGUAAAGAUCCUCGAGUGGAGCAGGUGAUCGUCCCUCUCAGAGAUGGCAUCAGUCUCAUCCGUCGGGUGUCCGUGAGCUCACCUGCUCAGAACACAAUAACAAAUGAUGAGGUUUUCCGUGGGGUCAGAGGACGUCCCAUCCUGGAUCGGAUGCGUCUCGAUGGGAAGGUGGCCUACGUGACGGGUGGCGGGCAAGGUAUCGGCCGAGCAUUCGCGCACGCCCUGGGUGAGGCUGGAGCGAAGGUGGCCAUCGUGGACUUGGACCAAGCUAAAGCCGAGGCCGUUGCUCAGGAGCUCUUCCUCAAAGGCAUUCACGCCAUUUCCAUCUCGGCUGACAUCAGUAAAUCGGACGACGUGCAGAAGAUGAUGGACACCAUCGUCUCCAAAUGGGGAGCGGUCCACGUGGGCUGCAACAACGCCGGCAUCAACAUGAACUCGGCCAGCGAGGACACCACGCUGGAGGAGUGGGACCAGACCUUCGGCGUGAACCUGAGGGGCACGUUCAUGUGCUGUCAGGCAGCGGGUCGAGUGAUGCUAAAGCAAGGAUAUGGGAAGAUUAUCAACACAGCCUCCAUGGCCAGUCUAAUAGUUCCCCAUCCUCAGAAACAGCUUUCCUACAACACAUCCAAAGCUGGAGUGGUCAAACUGACCCAGACUCUGGGCACCGAGUGGAUUGACAGAGGAGUACGCGUCAACUGCAUCUCACCGGGGAUUGUUGACACCCCUCUCAUCCACUCGGAGAAUCUGAGGCCUCUGGUGCAGCGCUGGCUGUCAGAUAUCCCUGCUGGUAGACUGGCUCAAGUGACAGACCUGCAAGCUGCAGUGGUCUACUUGGCAUCUGACGCCUCCGACUACAUGACAGGGCAUAACUUAGUCAUAGAAGGCGGGCAGAGUCUGUGGUAGAAGCAGCAGAUGAAGGAGCGAAAAACUUUUUCUAUCCCCUUCGCUCUCUUGGGGUUAGUCUCAGAAAUUGGUAGCAGUUUUUAUUUGACACCUUCCCUGAAUUAUUAGUUUAACUUUGACAGAAAUGUUUGGUCAGUUGAUAUAUCUUAACACUUGAAACUACUUGAAGGAGGUAAAAUAGCUUCCAGUUGUCUUGACUCAAGUUUGUCCUUUUUUUUUUUUUUAAAGAUUUUUUUCUAAUCAAGCUUUCUAAAUAUCUGCUGAAGAGAAAUGUGAAAAACAAUGUUUUUUUUUAUGUUACGCUCUUUUUGUUACACUCUUUCUUUCACUCUGAUGUGGACAUUGGCGAGCCAUCCCACAUGGCGGUUGUGCAUGUAUGAGUAAUAUUACAAAUCCUAUCGGGGGACCAGAGCAACAAGAAAAAUAAAUGCACAAAGUCUUAGGAGGUUAAACAAACAUGCAGUUUAGGUGAUUUAAAAAAAAAAAAGUAUUUAUUUUUAUCUACAGAUUAAAAAUUAACUCUGUACCGUCCACCCAAGCGAACCAGCAUGAAACUGGAAACGCACGUGUUAACUGUCAUGAUGAACAAUUUUCAAGUCUUUUGAUCCCGUCAAAAGAAGAAUAAACACGCUUGAGGGGAAAAGUCUGGGCUUGUCAUUGUGAAUCUGUCCCGAGAUGACGAGAUCUACCAGGGGUGGACACAUCUGUAACUCGCUCAACAAUAUGGAAAUAAAAGAAAAUGUACAUCACAUGUCAAAGUCACUGUAACUGUGUUUGAAAAUAAAAG